AUGCACGCCGCUGUACACGAUGCACCGCCGGUUCGAAGCGCACCGUUGCUGAACUCCUUAGAAACGUAUUUCGUCGCCCCAUUUGCCCCGACGUUGGGAGAUCCGACAAGCAAUGUGAUGGAUCUGGCACACCCACCCUCAAACCGCACGAACACUGAACUGUCGCUGCCCCGGUCCCUUCUCUCCAGUCUGGCGAUCGGCUUUGAUCGGCCGGUGGAGGACGCCGGUCCGGGAUUGCGGCGCAUCGUUCUCCCGACCCCGCCGCCCAGAAGCCUUUUGCCGUGUACCGCACAGCGUCAUCGACGUCGCCCGCAUCGGACUGCCGUGCAGGCUUCGGCGACCGCGGCAGCCUCGCGGACACUUCGGCGCCAACAGCAGCCACAGCAACAGCCCACCACCUCCUCCCGCCGCCAUCCGGGCUCCGAAUUCUCUUUAGAGGCAUGGCAACCACUGUACCUCUGCGUGGACUCCAGCGUCUCGGCCGACGCGUCCAUCCCACGCAAAACGACGAAGGUGACCUCUCCACACCCCGUUGCCUCCACCCCGUUAGCGGCCGAGUCGCGGCCGAGCGCGAAAGAUGGCGGCACGAAGGGCGCGACGAAGUCAGCGUGGCGCCUGCGCCGUUGCGGCGUGGUGGUCACCGGCGCACCGGGCGCCGCCACUGACGCCUCGCCCAUCUCCGGCCUUUUAGAUCGGAGUAGGAAUCCCCUCGACGUGCUGCGCCAACUCGGCGCCGCCACCGUGAACGACGCCCCGUUGUGCAGCUUUCUUCCCAUCCUCGACCUGCGACUGCCCUCCUCGCGCUCUUCGACCGGGGCGCACAAUGCAAAUACCGAGACGUACUCGAGGGAGGCGGAGGCGGAGGCAGCCUCGGCGGAGCAGUCGUACUGGCACGCCACCCGUGACAGCGAGCGCCGCCGUCGACGCAGCUAUCAGCAGCGCACCAAUGCCGUCGCGGUCCACCUCGGCGACGUCGAAGCCUGCACCUUCCGCGUCGAAGUCGCCCCUGGCGAAGCAAGCCCGGUGCAGGCUGUGGUCGAUGCCUAUCACGAGUGCGCCUGGGACGGCAUGGAGUUCCUUCUCUUGCCGCUGACGGACGAGCCGGACGUAUCGCGCAACGCGGCAGGGCCGUCUCACUUCGCAAAAGACCUCGCGCAGCAGUCUGCACACGACAAGGAGGGCGUGGUGCUUGGUGGCGGUCAGGCCGCGUCCCUCAGCUUUAAUGUAGAGUCGCAGAUCGGUCUGGGUGUGCCUGGCAUGCCCGUCAGCUUUCUGCGCUCCGCCAACGACUCUUUUCCGAUUCCCGGCGCUGGUGGGGAGGUCAGCGGGCAACUGCCUCUCUUGAGCUCUGCUGCUCCGACGGUUGCGAGGGCGAAUGUCAUCAAUGACGCUCCCGCCUGUGGCCGCACGGGUGAAGGGCUUGCAGGGGACGCGGGAGCGACGAGGUCGGUGGUGCCGUGCUGGAAGCGCUUCAGCACCACUGCGGCGCUGUACCUCACCCUCGGUGACGCCGGCUGCUUCGACACCGCCUACUUCCCCUUUUCUGCGGUGCAGCUGUGCACCUGGGGCGACCUCGUGGCGCAGCCGCACACGCGCAUUGAGAUGAUGGCGUGCCACUCCGCCACGGCGAUGCACACACUGCAGGCGGCCCGGAGUACGAAAGCGACGGAGACCGUCCCGGUAGCUGUGAUGUUCCCCACCACACGCAAGGGCGUCGUGCGGCAUCCUUUUUCCCUCACCACGCAGCCUUUUAACGACGCGGAGGUGUUUCAGCUCUUUUACCUUCAACUUAUCUUCCGCGCCUACUUUGACAUCCGCUUUCCCGCCUUGGGCUUUCGUUUGCCAGGGCGGGCCGGAUGGCAGCUGCGGUCCCACUUCAUCGCGGUGCGGUCCAGCGGAAAUCGCGGCGUCGCCUUUGAGCACCCGCUUCAGCCCAACGAGUGGAUUCGCUUCCCCACGCACACCCGGCUUCUCACUCUGCUGUGCCUGAAGGAGGCCAUUGUGCCGCUUUACGCCACGCCCGCAGAGUUGCAGGAGUCCGCAGCGCUGCCGCUGUUUGGCGCAGGCGACGCGCUGCCCUGCCUCGGUGCGCUCGGACACGCCGUGGCGCAGUGGGCGGCAACAGUCGUAGUGACAAGCCCCGCGUCCGCCAUGGCGGCCCUCGCGAUACUCUUUGAUAAGAUGGGCACGCGCUACGGUUGCACCCGCGUGGAACUAUGGAACUCCUGUGUUGACCGUCUCAGCAGUACCGGUUCGAAGUUGUCUAAAGCACCGCUACUCUUCCGCUGUGGCGUCGCCUCUGUCGGGUCCGUUUUGGACCGUCACGGCGGCACUCUCGCCCGCUUCUUCGUCCCGCCAGAGAAACGAGGGCUAUCGGUGCCUUUCACGGGCGUGCCCACCGACACCACCAACGUGCUCCAGGGCGACGCACACACCGUGGCGGAGCUGUCGACGACGCUGUCGACCACGUCGCGGCAGACGCACCCCCUCUACAUGCGGCGUGAGGACAGCACGACGAGCACGAUGCUGCCCACUCUCAACGACGUGGUGCUCGACUUGAACGCGUUGAGUGCUGGACAGAGGAGUAUCGGAGUGACUGACCUGUUUUCCAGCACCACAGGGGCGAGCUCCGUGGUGAACCAGAGCCGCACGAACGCCUUCAGCAGCACCUACGAUGUGGUUCACCAGAGUACGUUGCCGACGCCGACUGCGGAAGCUGCGACGGACACGUCAAAGCCGCCGUGCACCUCGUCCACCGCAACAGGAGACGUCGCGCCGGGUGGCACACUGGGCUCUUCCAUCCACCCUGUAGCCGUGCCUUCGUACGCCGAGGAGGAGAGCAACCAGAAGCCAGUGAAACUCGCGCCAAACACGCUGCUCAGUUCGUCGGAGGAGGCGCUGGAAGCGGGGGAGAGUGGCGCGUCAGCCGUCAACAAGCAAGCAGAGCGAGCGGAGGAAGACACGGCGAGCGCGUUUGUGCCGGUUCGGACACUGUCAUUCGUCGGAUCAUCCAGCCCAUUUACCGGGCAAGAAAGCCUCGUCACCCGCUGGCGCUACUACACGCAAUCGGGCAAUUGCUCCAUUUUUGACGGCACGACGGCGGGCAUUCAACUCUUCGAGUUUCUCGGUCGCGGCGGCAGCGGCGUGGUCUACCGCGGCACCUACGGCAGCCGCCACCUCCCUGUCGCGGUGAAGGUACUCAUCAUCCCAGACGGCAUGUCGCACGAACACUACGUGCGGGAGUCGUUGACCGACGUCGCCUUCUACGUGCUGGCGAAUCAGCUGAACGACUAUGGCAUCUCCUACAACGGCCGCGCGCACGAUUUCAUCGUCAGCAGUGCCGCCCCGGCGGGCCUGCCGGCGGCCGACGCGGCGGAGGCGCGACGUGGCGGUGACCCAGCCACCACGAAGCUGUGCUACUUUGUGACGGACUUGAUGGACGGCACGAUUGGCCGCUUUCUCGACUCCAACGACGCCGAUUUUGAUCCGAUGUACGACCAACUGGCGAACAGCGCGCUGCUGGAGGGCGAACUCUUUCAAUUUUUGUUCCACCAACUCACCUUCCGGACGCUGUUUGAUUGGCGCGUGUUGGACCUGAUGCUGAACAACCAGCUUCGCGGGGACAACAUUGGGUAUCGCUACGUCGGCCUGCCGCCUGAGCGUGCGGUGUACCUCCGCGAGCACCCAGAAGAGGCCGCAGCGCUCACCCUCGCACGACAGUACUACGCCGGUCUCCUCUACGCCUUCCAGUUCUCGCCGGAGGAGAGGGUGAAGUAUUUGCGCUUCCCAGCCAUAUCCGACGAGGCCCCCAAAGGAGACGCGACCCCGCUGCGCUUCAUCUGCAUGAUUGACCUCGGUCAAGGAGUGCAACCAAAUACUACGGAGUUAGUUCGCCGCAAGUACAUUGGCGAGACCGUGGUUGAGUCAUGCAUGCAGGACGACGGCUUUGGCCGUUUCUGGCCGUUAGACGAGCUGUAUUGCCGCUGCGUUGAGGUAAAAGGGGAGCUUAGCAGCAAGAUAGUAGCGUGGGGCAGCAAGGUACGCAUCAACUCGCAGGAGGAUGCUUUUCGCGUAUUACAAGACCUUUUUCUGCAGUACUACCCGACCUACGGUGUCGUGGCCCCCACCGAGGAGGAGCUGCGCACUUACUUGUGUCUUUCGUGGACCCCGAGUAACGUGACGGAUCUCAAGACAGAGUACGUCUAUCGAGAAGAGUAA